UCCCACAGCUUCCUCCUCCUCUCCUCCACAGUCGUGUCACGUGACAUGCGCACUCGGUUCUGUUAUCGAGUUUUGUUAUGACAAGUCUGGGCCUCGGUGUAAAUUAGUAGUCCGCCCCCCCUCCCGUGUGUGUGUCUCUGCCAGAUCAAAUCCGUCAUGGAGGGCAUGGACCUGGACCUGGACGUGGACCAGGAACUCAUGCAGAAAUUCAGCUGCAUGGGCACAACAGACAAAGACAUUUUAAUAUCGGAUUUCCAGAGGCUCCUCGGGUUUCAGCUAAACCCCGCCGGAUGCGCCUUCUUUCUGGACAUGACGAACUGGAAUUUACAAGCUGCCAUCGGCGCUUACUAUGACUUUGAGAGUCCCAACAUCAGUGCACCGUGCAUGUCGUUCGUGAAAGACGUGACGAUCGGUGAGGGUGAAUCUGUCCCACCUGACACACCGUUCACAAAGACCUGGAGGAUACAGAACACAGGCUCAGAAUCGUGGCCUCCUGGUGUUUCUUUGAAGUACGUGGGCGGAGAUCAGUUUGGUCAUGUAAACAUGGUGAUGGUACGCGCUUUAGACCCCCAGGAAAUGACUGAUGUCAGCGUGCAGAUGCACAGCCCCGUGUCUCCCGGCAUGUACCAGGGCCAGUGGAGAAUGUGCACGGCUACGGGACUUUUCUACGGAGAUGUCAUUUGGGUGAUCCUGAGCGUGGAGGUCGGCGGUCUACUCGGCGUCACGCAGCAGCUUUCCUCUUUCCAGGCCGAGUUCAACACGCAGCCCCAUCGGAGCCUGGAGGGAGACUACAACCCCUUCGCGUCGCCUGUGAAGAGCAAGUGCCCGAACAGCAACAACAACCACGUCCACAGCGACAGCAGCAACAGAGUCACGGAGGGAAGCCCACACCAGCUGCAGCAAGACCAGAACGGACUUUCACACAGCUCUGUGGAGAUAGUAGCAAACCGUCUUCAAGGCAGUCUAUCAGUAGUCUCGUGUAACCAGAUACAGGAGGCUUCACCUUUUGGGAACUCUUAAUCAUGGGACUUGUCAGUGUUUAGGCAGCAUUAAAUCGUACCUCUGGAAUCUGUCACACCACUAAGAAAAAAACAAACAAACAAGAAGCUUUAUCAUGGUGGAGUGAGGAGAUCAAAAACACUUUAUGCAAAAUCCAGUUACACUUUAAGACUCCAGAGGCCAACGCUCCUGAUGUGCAGCUGAACCAACAUCCCACUGAAUGCAUGGGUGAAUGCUAAGUUAAAACGAAAACGAGUGCUGCGAUUCUUCUGAGUGAAUAUGUUUAUUUUUCUUCUUCUUUUCUUCAGAUUUUUCUUGUUUUUUUGUUGCAAAGGUGCACAUGGAAACGUGCUGACAGGAGAGAGUGUUUGAGAAUAGUUUUUUUUUGUGUGUGUGUGUAGAUGCGUGUGCACUGUGCAACAUGGGGAAAACAAGACUUUUGGAGUUAAAGCCAUUCGUUUUGCCAACUGAUUCUCCAGUUUCUGCUCCGUUGAAUCAAUUUGUGCACUCUCUUGGGUUCUUCAGCACCAAAUCUUAAUUGGAAGAUCGUCACUGAAAAAUGUCGUCUUUUUUUAUUUUAUUUUUUUAAUCCAAAUACGGCAUUUUAAAAAGAAAACAGCUUUUAUUUUUUUUUAUCACAAUUCCCUAAAAUUUCUCCCUAAAUUUACAGCACAGAAGCAAAGUGUGGCAUCACCAGCACAAGGAAGAUAAAAGGGAUCAAAACAGUACAAGUAGGUUUAAUUGGAAUUAUUUUACAGAAAAAAAAACCAAGGUUGAGUUUUUUCACAUUAUUAGAUAUAUUGCUAUUGCUUUGAUGGUACAUACAGAUAGCACUGUACAACAGUGGUGUCUGUUUAAAGUUCUUGUUUGGAUUGACAUUUAUUUUCAGUUUCAGUCCUUAAAUUACUCAGCUAGUGUUGUGAGUUCAUGUUUAACCGUCUCAUUCACGUGUCGAGCCUUUCUCCAUGAAACACACCAAUCAGCAUGUACCGUUAAAAAAAGCAGGUUUGAUUUAAAAACACUUCAGAAGAGGAGCCUCUGAAUGCUUGAUGAUGCUCAACGUAUGACAGAUAGAGAUUUAUUGUUAUUGAAUGAAAUUUAAUACCAUAAAAUAAAAUAUUUAAGAAACCGAGACGCGAUCGACACAAACAUCGGUGUUAUUUUACGUUACAGAAAUAAAAUGAUUUUAGUCGUUUUGCGUUGAAAUUGACUUGUUUUUAAAAUGAAGCUUUUCAUUUGAAUGUGUCUCAUGAAUGUAGAGGAGAAAUAAAAUGUUUUGUUUAUUCAAAGAAAUCAUAUCAAUUUUAACAGAGCUGGCUGUUAAAUUGUGUUCAAAGAGUUCUGUAUUUACAGGUUUGAUCAUGUCAAAGUUUUUAUGUACCCAUUAGGAACUACAUCGCUGCAUAUUUACUGACUGGCUAAUGUAUGCACUGAGUCGUAUUCCUCCAUGACAAAAUGCUCCGCUUCAGUUCCUCCUCCACAAGGCCUGAGAAGGUUUUUAAUGGACCACGUCAGUGACGACACAGAGGAUCCAGUAAUCCCAGGAGUGCUGAGCUACAAAAUCACACCAGCCAGUAAAGAAAAAAAAAAAAACACUCUGAGGCUCACGUGUUGAACGAUAGAAGACAUUAUCUGUUAAAAACUACACGAUUCAUGUUUGUCCCUGCUGUUCGUUACGGUCCGUUUGUGUGGUUUCCUUUGUGUAGUGUGUGACGUUUCCACUGGUCAGACCACAGGGUGAAUCAGUUGGCAUCAGCCUCACAGCAGCACGUGUGUGUGUGUGUGCAAGUGAGGAAGUGCAGACCGAUGAAAGUUCAUUUCUUAUGUGUGAUGAAUGUUUGUAAGAUUAAAUUAUCACUGAAAGCUA